UAAAAUUGAUUGGCAGGCCCAACCAGACCCGUAUCCGGUCCGUUGCGAAUGAGUCCGCAGGGGUUCCAUAAGCACGAAUGGGGAGCCAAGUGUGGCCAUAGGGGCGUUUGCGCAACAAUUUUGCCGCGCUGCGUACGCCGGCGGCUUUCUCCGAGUUGCCGGAAUCUUAACUCGUCGGAACCUGAAGUUAAAUUUCUUUGCGAUGAAGAUGUAUUUGGGGAAGAAGCAGACGACUAUGACCGGUAGGUGGAAGAAAGCACCGAAGAUGGAGAUGAAGCUAUUAAACUCUUCGAAGAGACUGAAGGUCAUCAAAUCUGCUGCGAAAAGAGAGAGCUCCGCGGGGGAGAAAGCGAGCCUGAGGACGUCCAAGGCGCCCAGGCUUCAGCUCCUGAAGAAGGUUAGAGUAAGAGACGGCAAGUUGAGUGAAGGCAGGAAGCUAGUGGCGGCUGGGGAGGCCAAACCCAGGAACAGGUCCAGAAAUUUCGACGCGGCACGCCAAAGAUCGGAUGAUUUGGAUGCCAAAAGCAGGAAGGCGAAGAAGGAGAAGAGGUUGGAGGCAACGGUUGAAGAUGAAAAACGCAGCAGAAAGGCGGGUAGGAAUACAUUGGAGUUGGCGAAGAAGUGGUCUAAGCGGGGGGGUUCGAACUUGGAGAGUAGGGAAGAGUCGAGUGGCAUUGGUACCAAAUCGAGCAAUCGAGAGGGGAAAACUGGGAAAGCUUCUGGUGCAGGUGAGAAAUCAAAUAACGCAGUUGCGGAUGAGGAGGUUCCGAUGAAGAGAAGGAAACGAGUGAUCAGGAUCGACCCAUACGACAUUUCCAACAAGCGACUAGACGAUGGCUUGUGUACUCCAAUUGCAGAGAAGGUACCGGAGAAAGAGAUUACAUUGUCCCAGAAUGCGCAGUUUCGUGCCAUUAAACCAAGCAAGGAAAUCCUCGCAUGCGUUGAAGAUAACUUAUUGGGACGCAGGCGUUUGAUAGAAUUGAGAAAGGCUGGCUACAAUAUUGACAUUUCUGCUCCUCUUGAUAACGUCCCUUUCUCCACAAGUGCGGAGAGAGAACGGAUUGAGGACAAUGUCUUUAGAAACAAAUUAGAAUUUUUUGCUGCUGCAAAGGUUUCAUCAUCCUUUCCUCCUCCUUCCCUCCCAGAGAUAGCAUUUGCAGGGAGAUCAAAUGUGGGGAAGUCAUCAUUGCUAAAUGCACUUACCAGACAGUGGGGCGUUGUGCGAACAUCAGACAAACCUGGACUUACUCAGACCAUUAAUUUUUUUAAACUAGGUUCAAAGUUCUGCUUAGUUGAUCUACCUGGAUAUGGCUUCGCUUAUGCUAAGGAAGAAGUUAAGGAUGCUUGGGAGGAACUUGUAAAGGAAUAUGUCUCAACUCGUGUUGGUUUGAGAAGAGUGUGUCUUCUUAUUGAUACUAAGUGGGGGAUGAAGCCUAGGGACCGUGAACUCAUCAACCUGAUGGAAAGAUCUCAAACACAAUAUCAGAUUGUUCUAACGAAGACGGAUACAGUUUUCCCUAUUGAUGUUGCACGCCGUGCUAUGCAGAUUCAAAAGGGCCUGAGGGAGAAUAAGUCAAUAGUUCAACCUGUGAUGAUGGUGAGCUCGAAGUCUGGUGCUGGUGUCCGUUGUCUAAGGACAGUUCUUUCUAAAAUUGCUCGAGUUGCUAAAAUUUAGAGCAGGGAAAAUUUUUGCGGACGUUGUGACAGCAGAGCGACAGCUCGCAGUUUUGCGGAUUAUCCAUUCCUUACCUGCCAAUUAACUGUGUUGUGCUGCACGGACUGAGAUCCCUCCUAUCAAAUUGGCAAAUCGUCCUGGGAAGCAGGCAACUUCCUUAUCAUCUCGCAUUGCUGUGUGCUGGGCUAAGAGACAGAAGGCAUUCAUUAUAAUACAAAUUCUAGGGGUGCUGGAAGGUGUAAAAGAUAUCGCUUGAUUUUGUCUGAGCAGUCUUGGUUCUCCAAGUGCAUUGAUCGAUGAAGGACCAGAUACUAACUUGAUCUUAGCCAAAAGGCCGAGAAAGGUAUACAUUAAUCGAUAAUGAAGCUGCGGUGAUUGUGAAGCCAUCCGUUUUACAUAAUGUAUUGUUGAUUGCCUAUCCCUUUGAGUGCAAUUCUGUAGUUCAAUCAAUGCUCACAGUUUCUUCGCAGUCGCUGAUGUGAUCCUCCCCCUCCUUCCCCCAGCCCACCAAAAAAAAAAAAAAACUUCUCUCUCCUCAGAAGCACUUACCUAUGUUUUUUGGCAAUUGUACCGAAGCAAGAGAGGGUAGGAAGUUGAAGAGUAACACUGGUAGGAGCCGGUCUCGAAUUUCCAUUUAUAUAAUCACCAUGUAUUGAAGAUUCUACGUUCAUUUGGCAGAACAAAUUGGCAAAUAUUUAAAGGCCACCUUCUUAUAAGAGAAUGAUAAUGGGAAAAACAUAUUAUAUAAAGCCAUCAGAAUUGGAGGUUAAGAGUUUA